AUGAUCAACCAAACUGGAAUGCUCGGCGAAGAUGGCAUCCACAUCGACAUGAACCACCUCAAAUCCGGUGAGGUCAACCUCGGAACCUCCAUCAUGGCCAUCAACUUCAAGGACGGUGUCAUCCUCGGCGCAGACAGCAGAACUACCACCGGCGCAUACAUCGCAAACAGAGUCACGGACAAGCUCACACAAGUACACGACACCAUCUGGUGCUGUCGGUCAGGAUCAGCAGCGGACACACAGGCAGUGGCAGACAUUGUGCAGUAUCACUUGGGCAUGUACGGAAUCACCAACGACGAGCCACCCACCACACAGACCGCAGCGGCGAUCUUUCAGGAGCUAUGCUAUGACAACAAGGACUCGCUGAGCGCGGGUAUCAUCAUUGCGGGCUGGGACCACAGACAUGGCGGGCAGGUCUACUCCAUUCCGCUGGGCGGUUCCCUGCACAAGCAGGCGUAUGCCAUUGGUGGCUCGGGCUCCACAUACAUCUACGGAUACUGCGACGCGAACUGGAAGGAGGGUAUGGAUGAGGCGGAGGGGAUUGCAUUCGUCAAGGGUGCACUGCAAGAGGCGAUCAAGUGGGAUGGAAGCUCGGGCGGUGUCAUUCGCAUGGUGGUGUUGACUGCGAAGGGUGCAGUCCGACAUCUCUACCUUCCCGAUAGAGGAUACACUGGCCCAGGUACGGACAAGCCGUAG